AUGCUUGAGUGCGGUGACCUCCAGAUGCGUCGACGAGCACUCGAUCAUUCACAACCAGGCUUAUACAUGGCUCAUCUGCGACUGGCCACUACUGCCACUCUCAACACGCGCAUCUCCAUCAACGCCGUCAACACCGCUCGUAUCGCUGCAGCUGCCCCACCAUCGCACACUCGCUCCUCCUUCUCUGUUCCACGAGCAGUCACCGUUCGCCUCUGCACCGCUCGAGCCUUCGCUACCACCGCACCCUCCACAGCCAAAUCACAUCGACUCAACAAGAUGCCUCCCAAGAAGCAGGCCGUGGUCGAAAAGAUCCGUCUGGGUCGUCCAUCCAAUAACCUCAAGAUGGGUAUCGUUGGUUUGCCCAACGUCGGAAAGUCGUCUUUCUUCAACGUUGUUGCCAAGUGCGAUCUCGGCAAAUCCGCCAACUUCCCCUACGCUACCAUCGAACCAGAAGAGGCCCGUGUACCCGUUCCCGACGACCGAUUCACCUGGUUGGCGGCGCAGUACAAACCCAAAUCCGAAGUGCCUGCCUUCUUGACGUGCAUCGAUAUCGCUGGUCUUACCGCCGGUGCUUCCACCGGUGCCGGUUUGGGAAAUGCUUUCUUGAGCAACGUCAGGAGCGUCGACGGUAUCUUCCAGGUUGUCAGGGCCUUCGACGAUGCCGAGGUCAUCCACGUCGAGGGUGACGUCAACCCCAUCCGUGAUAUGGAGAUCAUCUCCACUGAGUUGAGACUCAAGGAUAUCGACUGGAUCGAAAAGGCGCUCGACAACGCAAAGAAGAACGCCCGAAGCGCCGGUAACGUCAGUCUCGAGGACAAGAAGAGGAAGGAAGAGGUCGGCAUCAUCGAGAAGCUGCUCAAGCACGUCCAGGAGGACAACAAGGAUAUCCGCAAGGGCGACUGGACCAACAACGAGGUCGAAGUCAUUAACAACCUUCAACUACUCACCGCCAAGCCAGUCAUCUACCUCGUCAACUUGUCCGAACGCGACUAUGUGCGAAGGAAGAACAAGUGGCUCGCCAAGAUCAAGGCUUGGAUCGACGAGAACAACCCAGGCGAUCUGCUCAUCCCCUUCUCGGUCGCCCUCGAAGAGCGUCUGCUCGCACUCGGCUCUCCCGAAGCGGAAGCUGCCGAGCUCGCCGCGCUCGGAGACAACAUUACCGGUGCGCUUGGCAAGAUCACCAAGGCAGGUUACGACGGUCUCGACCUCGUACGAUACUUCACCGCCGGUCCCGAUGAGGUUCGUGCGUGGACCUUCAGGAAAGGUCUCAAGGCGCCAGAGGCGGCAGGUAUCAUCCACACGGAUUUCCAAAAGAAGUUCGUCUGCGGUGAAGUUUUCAGCAUCGACGACAUCAAGGAGCACGGUAACGAGAACGGUGUCAAGGCGGCAGGCAAAUACAAGCAGAUCGGAAGGGAAUACAAGGUCCAAGACGGUGACAUCUGCUAUUGGAAGCACGGCUAG